AGCAAAAAUUCAACAUUCGCAAAUACCAAAGCCAAGUCACCUCACAUCACUGACAAAACAAUUUUGCUCUGAUCAAGAAACGCCAAAUUAGACAGAGAGUAACAAACCAAUGGACAAAUACGAUAUUCUGUGGCUGUUGUUAGCAAUAGGGCAAUUAAUGAUAGGCAUUACAGCAUCCUCCUCUGGUGGCACACAUUCGAUUAAGGAAUUCAUACAACCCCCGACAGAUAAGCGGUAUGAACUCUACGAUUUCAUUGCCACCAGAAUCGAUGACUGGAGCACCAGGCAAUUACUUAUUGAGGGUUCUACAUACUCCUCGAUGUUAGUGGCCUAUAAGGAUUUCAUGCACACACACAAAGGUGAUAAAACCUAUGCAGAUCCCUCCUAUGGAAAGCUGCAACAGCAAAUAGAACGUUUCAUCGGUGCAACUGAGAAACUAAGACAAGAUCCUCAAAAUUGUGCUCUGCAGAAUCGGGCAUCCCAGGAGCUGGAGGAAAUAUCCAAAUGCAUGGAAUUUUUAAGCAACAGCAAUAACCACGAUACAGCUUUGCUAAAUAUCAUACGUACCAGAUACAUUGAGGCCAACUCCAGGAUUAGUCAAGACUUUGUGCCAGCUCUUAAUGCAUUUUUUGAACGCCUACCUACGGUCAUUUAUAAUUUUAAGCAAAACCUAAACAAUGCCCAAAAGGAGGAGUACAAGGAAUUGCUGCAGUGUUGCAAUGAGUUCGUUCCCUCAGCUAGUCUACAGAAGAAAUAUCAAGUUUUCGAUCGACUUACAAAACUUAUUAUACGUGGAAGGCAACCCCGGGAUCCCGCUACGAAUGCCAAUUGCAAAUGGGAAACUUCAAAGUUUGUGGAGUUUCCGCAGAAAAUCAACUCAUGGUCUAUAGGAAGAGUCAAAUGAGUUAAAGUCCAAAAGAGGCCUAACAUUUUAUUUUAAACUUUAAUUUAAUCAAUAAAUUAUAGAUUCGAUUUGAAUAAGGAGAAAGAAGGAUUGCUGACAAA